AUGGCGAUCUCCACUACCCGUCUGGCCGUGCGCUCGCUCCAGACGCUCUUCGCUCUGCUCGCGCUCAUCUUCACGUGGGGCGGCUACGUGAAGAACGACGACGGUCAGCUCAGCGGCUUGUCCCCGGAGUUCAGCAUCCUCAUGAACUACUCGGCGUUCCUGACGGGUCUGUACUACGUGCUGCCCGUGAAGGUCCUCAAGUGGACGGCUGUGGCCCCAUCUGUGAACUUCCAGCGCCUGGUGGACGGCGUGCUCGCCGUGCUUCUGCUUCUUGGUGGCAUCCUCCUCUGGGCCUCCUCGGGCGUGAAGGACUGCUCCGAGAAGAACGACGAGUACGAGGCCUACGCUGGCCUGCAGCUCUUCCGCUGCGGCAACCUGACCAUGGGCGUCAUCUUCACGUUCGUCACCUUCGCGCUGUUCGUCGUGACGCUCAUCUGGAGCUUCGUGAGCGACAACGCCAGCACCAGCCAGGCCGAGGCCGCCGUCGCUGCUGGGUACACGGAGGCCACGACGCCCGGUGCUUCGCGUGCCGAGGCCUACACCGCCGCGGACUCGCGCCACCCGACGCUCGCUAUCGCCCGUCGCGGCGGUCGCUUCGUCCAGUUCGUGCUGUCGCUCCUCACCUUUAUCAGCACUGUGGCUGGCUACAAGCACUACUUCACCGGCCGCUUCACGAGCCCCGUGGCCAUGUUCAUGGUGCUUGUGUCGUGGAGCUGCAUCCUGUACACGCUCUUCCACCUCGUGGUGGUCGACAUCCUCAAGAAGUCGCACCGCCCGAGCGCCGGCAUCGAGCGCUUCCUGGACCUGCUGCUCGCCGUCCUGCUCCUGCUCUUCGCCAUCCUCCUCGCGGCCUCACACCAGGUCUCGGACUGCGACACGAUCAACGCCAAGUACGAGGCGGACUCGGGCUCGCUGGACGGCUCCAACAUCUACCGCUGUGGCAGCCUCACGCGCGCGUACGUGCUGGCAUUCAUCGACUGCGUCUUCUUCCUGGUGACCUUGGCGCUCAGCUUCUGCGGCUCGAGCGACAGCGAGCCCGCCCCGCGUCACGUGGACGCCGAGCCUGGCCAGCAGGUGUAA